UUUUGUUUUUGUUUUUCUUUUCUUUUUUUUCCCCGCCACGAGAUGGAGCUCGUGAUACUAUGGAGAGCGCGAGACAGGGAGAACCAGGAAGUGGAGGAGGCCACGUGACCCCCUGAGAGGGAGAGGGAGGGAGAGGAGCCACGUGCUACAGAGAGAGAGAGAGAGAGGGAGAGAGAGAGGGAGUAUAAGGCGCGAGGCGGCUCGCGCUGGAGCCCCAGUCCGUGCAGGGGACAGCGAGCUCGCACGCGCGGAGGAGGGUAGAAAGAGAGAGAGAGAAGAGGCACGAGAAGGGGGGGGUUAUCAGGCGAAGGGGAGUCUGGGAAAAAAAGAAAAAAAAAGAAAAAGAAAAGAAGGUAUAUUUUCGCGGGGUUUUUUUCCCUUUUUUUCUCUCUGUAUUUUUAUUAGCGUUAGCGCUAGCAUGUCGGCGCUGAAGAAGCGCGGCUCGGCGGAAAGGGCCGAGGAGGAGCGGCAGGCGACGGAGAGGAUGCUCGGCGGCGGCGGCGAGAACGGCGGCGCGUCCCCUCCCCCGACGGGGGCCGCGCAUCCUCGCACCCCCAGCCCCCACGGGGACGCGCAGGGCGCGGUGGCGCUCCGCCGCAACAUCACGCUCGCCAACGGCGUGGCCAUCAUCGUCGGCACCAUCAUCGGUUCGGGAAUCUUCGUCACCCCGACCGGCGUCGUCAGGGAGACCGGCUCGCCGGGGCUCGCCCUCGUCGUGUGGGGGGCGUGCGGCGCGUUCUCGACGGCGGGCGCGCUCUGCUACGCCGAGCUCGGCACCACCAUCAGCAAGUCCGGCGGGGACUACGCCUACAUCCUGGAGGUGUACGGCUCGAUGCCCGCCUUCCUGAAGCUGUGGAUCGAGCUGCUCAUCAUCCGGCCCUCGUCCCAGUACAUCGUCGCCUACGUGUUCGCGACCUACCUGCUCAAGCCCGCGUUCCCGGUCUGCUCCGUGCCCGAGGCCGGCGCCAAGCUGGUGGCGUGCCUGUGCAUCCUGCUGCUAACCGCGGUUAACUGCUACAGCGUUAAGGCCGCCACCCGGGUCCAGGACGCCUUCGCCGCCGCCAAGCUGCUGGCCCUCGGCCUCAUCAUCGUCAUCGGCUUCGUGCAGAUCGGGAAAGGUGAUACGGAGGGCCUCCUCCCGGAGAACUCCUUCGAGGACUCGAAGUCCGACUUCGGCAACAUCGGCCUGGCGCUCUACAGCGGCCUGUUCGCCUACGGGGGGUGGAACUACCUGAAUUUCGUCACGGAGGAAAUGAUCGAGCCGUACAAGAACCUCCCCCGGGCGAUUAUCAUAUCGCUACCGAUAGUGACGGUGGUGUACGUGCUAACGAACCUGGCGUACUUCACAACGCUCAGCCCGGAGGAGAUGCUCAACUCGGAGGCCGUCGCCGUGGAUUUUGGUAACUACCAUCUGGGUCCGAUGGCCUGGAUCAUCCCGGUCUUCGUGGGUCUGUCCUGCUUCGGCUCCGUCAACGGAUCCCUGUUCACCUCGUCACGGUUGUUCUUCGUCGGCUCCAGAGAGGGGCACCUCCCCAGCCUGCUGUCCAUGAUCCACCCGACGCUGCUGACGCCGCUGCCCUCCCUCAUCUUCACCUGCGCCAUGACGCUCCUCUACGCCUUCUCCUCGGACAUCUUCUCCGUCAUCAACUUCUUCAGCUUCUUCAACUGGCUCUGCAUCGCCAUGGCGAUCCUCGGCAUGAUGUGGCUGCGGUACAAGAAGCCGGAGCUGGAGCGGCCAAUCAAGGUGAACAUCCUGCUGCCCAUCUCCUUCGUCCUGGCCUGCCUCUUCCUCAUCGUCGUCUCCUUCUGGAAGACGCCGCGGGAGUGCGCCAUCGGCUUCGGCAUCAUCGCUACCGGCGUGCCCGUCUACUUCUUCGGCGUCUGGUGGCAGAGCAAGCCCAAGUGGAUCCUGCAGACCAUCUUCUCCAUGACGGCCAUGUGCCAGAAAGUCCUGGAGGUCGUCCCACAGGAGUCCUGAGGACCAGCCAAUCGGAGCGCGGCGUCCCGCCCUGACCACACCCCCCACCCCCCGACCCAACCCAAUCAGCGCACAACAAACC